CCCACCGUAAUCCAAUCGCCUAGCACAACUCCUCCGGCCACCGAUCGGUGUAUCCGUCGAUUUGGGAGAGAAGAACGCCGCCGCUGACAUCCGAUCAAUCCGGAGCGGCCAUGUCGGGGAUCUCGCUGGCGGUGGGUCCGCGGUCGGACCCGGACAGCGGCGCGGAGCGGCAGCAGCAGCAGCCGUCGGCGACGAUGCUGGGCGGCGUGAUGGGGUCCCUCCGCGUGAUCGAGCUCCAGCUAGUCGCCUUCAUCAUGGUCUUCUCCGCCUCCGGCCUCGUCCCGCUCAUCGACCUCGCCUUCCCCGUCGCCACCACGCUCUACCUCCUCGCCCUCUCCCGCCUCGCCUUCCCUUCGCUCCCCGCCGCGCACUCCGCCGCCGCCAAGUCCCAACAGGAGAUCUUCCGCGGCAGCAAGCUGUUCCAGGUGUACGUGGUGCUGGGCACCACGGUGGGCCUCUUCCUGCCGCUGGCGCACGUCCUGGGCGGCUUCGCCCGCGGGGACGACGCCGCGGUCCGCUCCGCCACGCCGCAUCUCUUCCUGCUCUCGUGCCAGAUCCUGACGGAGAACCUGGUGGGCACCCUGGGCGUCUUCUCGCCGCCGCUCAGGGCACUCGUCCCGCUGCUCUACACCGUGCGCCGCGUCUUCCUCAUCGUGGACUGGAUCUACGACGUCUGGUCCGACAGCAAGUUCCUCACACGCAGCACGCCGGUUCAGGAGAAGGCCUGGGUCUGGUUCGGGAGGUACCUCGCCGUGGCUAACCUGGUUUACUUCUCCGUGAACCUGUUUGUGUUCCUCAUCCCAAGGUUCCUCCCUCGGGCGUUCGAGAAGUACUUCCGCAUGCGGGACGAGGUGUGCUCCAAGACGGCGGAAGACAGGCGGGUGAGGGAUGAGGACGACGACGGUGCCGCGGCGGCCAAAUCGGUGGGCGACAAGAAGGCCGACUGACUCACUGAGUGACUUGCUGAGGUCGAUGGUUAAUUAGAUCAUGUUCCGUGUUGAUGCAGCUGCGUUGUUAGUGUCAGUGUGUGCUCUCUGUAGCUUUGUAAGUCAGCCUUACUUGUGCCCACCUGUGUCUGUUUAUGGGGAUCGAUCGUGACAUAUGGACUUUUUUUUUCGAAAAGACUGAGCUGCUGUGCAUCCAGGUUCUCGUUCUGUACUUUUGAGGAUCAUCGCGUGUCUUUGCUUCUUAACACGUGAUGAUUGAUGAGCCACUGUGUAGUA